AUGUCAGCAUCAUUACAAGUGACGCAGAAGCUGCAGCAUCAGCAUCAACAUCAACAUGAGGAGAAGCAGCAGCAGCAUCUCUAUGAGAGCAGCUAUUACCUGAGCAGCAAGUCGUCUGUUAGCAAGCAGUCAUUCUCGACUUUCAAGACCACCAGCCAUCGCAAGAAGAUCUCUGUGAAGACAGAGAAGGGGCAGGAGGUGGUUAAACUGAGCCCACUACCCAAGAGAGCCAAACGCACCUACCUGGCAAUGGACAAGGACAAAGAAGUUAUCGGCUAUGUUAUUCCGGUGUUUAGAGCCAAUCAUGAUGUAGUUCGGGGCUUAAUGGAGGCCCAGGAGGAGGAGGUCACAGAAGAGGGCAUCAACUAUGUGGCCAUGAGGAACCUGUUUGUCAGGGAGGCCAGGGAGGCCAUGGAGGUGAAAGUGGAGAAGAAAACCAGGUCAAAGCAUGUCAGGGAAUCUGCUGAACGCCUGGAAAUGAGCAGGACGAUGGAGGAAUGGUUGGAGUUCCGUAAGAAAAUGAACCCAGACAGCCUGACACACCGCCCAGAGUUCAUUGUCAAGCCCCGUGGACAGACUGUUUGGGAGGGCAAGGAUGUCAAGUUGCACUGCACCGUGGCUGGAUGGCCCAAACCCAGGAUUGCUUGGUAUAAAAACAACGUCCUCAUCUAUGCCAAAGCCCACCCCGAGAAGUACACAGCUGAGAGCAAUUACAACAUGCACUCUCUGGAGAUCAAGAACUGUGAUUUCUUCGACACUGCUAAGUAUCAUGUCUCUGCCCUCAAUGUGAAAGGGGAAGCUUCUGCUGUGGCCUCUGUGGUUGUGAAAAGGUUCCAAGAGGGUGUUGAACCAGGUCCACUCGAUCCUAAACCACAUGGUUUUAGCCCUGAGCAUGGUGUUACCUUUGAAACCACCAUUAUUGACAAAUUUGAAGUGGCUUUUGGCUCUGAAGGGGAGACGUUGAGCCUUGGCUGCACUGUCAUCAUUUAUCCCACUGUGAAAAAAUACCAGCCUGAAGUCGUGUGGUACAGAAACUCUGUCCCAUUAAAGCCCUCUAAGUGGGUGCACACUCACUGGUCUGGGGAACGUGCCGUACUCACUCUUGUCCACCUUAACAAAGAAGAUGAGGGCAUGUACACCCUGCGCGUCAACACCAAAUCUGGCUAUGAUACCUAUGCUGCCUACGUGUUUGUCAGAGAUGCCGAUGUAGAGGUUGAGGGGGUUCCCGUAGCCCCCCUGGAUGUGCGCUGUCAUGAUGCCAACAAGGACUAUGUUGUGGUAACCUGGAAGCAGCCAGCGGUGGAAGGCAGCAGCUCCAUCCUGGGGUACUACAUCGACAGGUGUGAGGUGGGCACCCAUCACUGGGCUCAGUGUAAUGAAGUCCCAGUCAAGUACGCUCGCUUCCCUGUCACAGGACUGGUGGAGGGGCGGUCUUACGUGUUUAGGGUGCGUGCCGUAAACAAGGCCGGAGUCAGCCAUCCAUCCCGCGUCUCUGAGGCCGUGGUAGCCAUGGAUCCCUCUGACAGAGCACGCCUCAGAGCUGGACCCUCAGCUCCUUGGACUGGAAUGAUCAAGUUCACAGAGGAGGAUCCGACAGUUGGUGUAGUCCCAGGAGAACCAACUGAUGUUGUGGUUACUGAGGCAACUAAAAGUUAUGUGGUACUUGCCUGGAAGCCUCCAGCCCAGAGGGGUCACGAAGGAGUCAUGUAUUACAUUGAGAAGCGUAUUUCUGGCACUGACACCUGGCAGAGGGUGAACACUGGUAUGCCAGUCAAAUCUCCUCGCUUUGCCCUGUUUGACCUGGCGGAGGGUAAAUCUUACAGCUUCCGUGUACGUUGCUGCAACUCUGCCGGCGUGGGUGAAGCCUCUGAAUCCACAGGAGAAGUCAUAGUUGGAGAUAAACUGGACCUGCCAUCAGCUCCAGGCAACCUGGUUGCCACCAGGAACACUGACACGUCUGUGGUGGUUUCCUGGGGGGCCUCCAAGGAUGUGCAACACUUGGUGGGCUACUAUAUUGAAUGCAGUGUGGUGGGCACAGAUGUCUGGAUGCCUUGCAACAAUAAGCCUGUUAGGCAGACCAGGUUUGUGUGUCAUGGCCUGAUUACUGGUGCAAACUACGUGUUUAAAGUGAAGGCAGUAAAUGCUGCUGGAUACAGCCAGAGCUCCCCCAAUUCUGAUGCUGUAGUUGUACAGGCUGCCAUCUCCGUACCUGGUAAGCCCACCGGUGUGACCCUGCUGGAGGCCUUCAAGGACUACAUGGUCCUGGGCUGGAACGCGCCUGCUAACAACGGAGGAGCUGACAUCAGGGGCUAUUUUGUAGACUACAGAACCGUAAAGGGAGGCGUUGCUGGAAAAUGGCAUGAAAUGAACCACCAGGCACUGACUACAACUUCCUAUAAAGCGGAGAACCUGAAGGAGAGGCUCUUUUAUCAGUUUCAAGUCCGAGCAGUGAACAUGGCUGGUGUGAGUAAACCCUCUCUGCCCAGUGCACCUCUGGAGUGCAAAGAGUGGACCAUUACUGUCCCAGGUGUUCCUGUUGGUCUUCAUGUACUGGAGGUCCGUGACACCUCUGUGGUGGUCCUGUGGGAGCCACCGGUGUUUGAUGGUCGCUCUCCUGUCAAUGGCUACUACUUGGACGUCAAGGAGGCCUCUGCUGGUGAGGAAUGCUGGAAAGGUGUUCAUGAAAAGGUCAACAAGAUGAAAUACAUGAAGGUGACUGGACUGAAGGGUGGCGCAUCCUAUGUGUUCCACGUGCGUGCUCAAAAUCUUGCUGGAGUUGGAAAGCCCUCUGCAGUCUUAGGUCCAAUCCUGGCCCAGACUCGCCCUGGCACCAAAGAGAUUUACGUGGAUGUUGAUGAUGACGGUGUGAUUUCCAUGGUCUUUGAGUGCUCUGAGAUGAUGGAGGGCUCUGAGUUUGUUUGGUCCAAGAACUACAAAGAGAUCACAGACACCUCUCGUCUGACUAUUAUCAGUGAACGGGGCAAAUCCAGAGCUAUCUUCAACAGUCCCUCUCUGGAGGAUCUGGGCACCUUCUCCUGUGUAGUCACCAACACUGACGGCAUUUCCUCCAGCUACACGCUCACUGAGGAGGGUCUCAAGCGUCUUCUGGACAUCAGCCAUGAUCACAAGUUCCCUGUUAUUCCCUUUAAGAACGAAAUGGCUAUGGAGCUGCUCGAGAAGGGUCGCGUGCGAUUCUGGACUCAGGUGGAGAAAUGCACUUCUGACUGCCAAGUGGAGUAUGUCUUCAACGAUGUUAUCAUUUCUCAGGGAAAGAAAUACACAAUGAACUUCGACAAGUCCACCGGUAUUAUUGAAAUGUUCAUGGACUCUUUGGAAGUCACAGAUGAGGGGACGUUCACCUUUAACCUGGUGGAUGGCAAAGCUAAGGGUACAACCAGUCUGGUGCUAAUUGGAGAUGAAUUCAGGGAGCUUCAAAAGAAGUCAGAAUUUGCAAGGGCAGAAUGGGUCAGGAAACAAGGUCCUCACUUUGUCGAGUACCUUGACUUCAGUGUUACCCCUGAAUGUGAUGUACUGCUGAAAUGCAAGAUUGGAAAUGUCAGACCAGAGACUGAGAUCACUUGGUCUAAGGACUGCAUUGAGAUUGCAGAGGAUGAUGAGGAUGCUAAGAAAAUCGAGAGACAGGACGGCGAGCUGACCUUUAAUAUCGGAAAGUGGGUUAUUAAGCAAGAGAAAAAGAAAGAAAAAAAGAGAAAACCACCUGCAGAGGACGUUCCCCCGCCACCAAGACCUAAAAUCUCCAAGCACGACGCGGGUGUUUACGAGGUCUUCCUGAGGGAUGAGAGAGGCAAAGAUAAGAGCACCUUCAAUCUGACAGAUGCAGGAUACCAAGCUGUAAUGAAUGAGCUGUUCAGGGUUAUUGCUAACUCUUCCAGCGAAAUCAAAGUUCUCAGUACCGAGCAUGGCAUCGUCCUCUACUCCACGGUCACAUAUUACCAUGAGGACCUGCGUGUUGGUUGGCUCCACAAAGACGGCAAAAUUGCUGCUUCAGAGAGAGUUAAGUCCGGAGUCACAGGAGACCAGCUUUGGCUUAAGAUCAAUGAGCCUACUGAGAAGGACAAGGGCAAAUACAGCAUGGACAUCUUUGAUGGCAAGGACGGUGUAAAGAGAGCCUUUGAUCUGACUGGCCAGGCAUGGGAAGAGGCAUUUGAAGAAUUCCAAAGGCUCAAAGCUGCAGCAAUCGCUGAGAGAAACCGUGCUCGUGUUGUUGGAGGCUUGCCAGAUGUGGUUGCAAUCCAAGAGGGCAAGUCCCUGAACCUGACUGGCAAUGUUUGGGGCGAGCCUGUACCUGAGGUGUCCUGGACGAAGAACGAAAAGGAGCUGGUAUCUGAUGACCACUACAAACUCAAGUUCGAGCACAACAAGUUCGCCAGUAUCACAAUCGCCGCCGUCACCACGGCUGACUCUGGCAAAUACGCCCUUGUGGUGAAGAACAAGUAUGGCACAGAGGCCGGCGAGUUCACCGUCAGCGUGUACAACCCAGAGGAAGAGGAGAGCAAGGAGGAGAAGAAAGACUAAAGGAUGACACAGCGUAAUGACACAAAGAAGAUUAACAACAGGGCAGUCUCCAAAGUAUUUUACCCCGGCAUGUGCCGGUGCAACACAGCAAAUAAAUAAAUCAUGAAUUAAAAAAAAAAACAAUCAUGGGUUAAAGAGUUUCGGGCAUUUCUUAUCAAGGAUAGGGUUAUGAAUGUGAAACAGAAUAACUGUUUGCUUGCAGUUUGUGCUUGAUGUGUCAUGUAUGGGGGAUAGUUGACUUGACAAUUUUAUUUUGAAAACAGCUUGAAGACCUCCAAAAGCAAAACACUCUAUUCUGAUCAUUUAAAGUUUUACAUUUGAGUAAUUUUAGGCAUUUCAGACCACAUCACUUUGGGUUUUCCCCACUGUAAACAAAAAAAAGGGAAACUUUAUACCAGCUAUUGCAAUCAACUUAUAAAGUGAUAUGAUGGCUAAAACUGUGUGUAUGUUAUGUCUGUACAGCUUGCGAGCUACAAGUCAGUGAUCACAUCUGUUUGUAGGAGAGGUGGAGCUGAAAAGCACUGAUGCCAUGUAAACAAGUACACAGCAAUCAGAACAGGUUCACUGGAUGUGUUUAACACACUGUACAAACGCAAAGGAGUACAGGCAGAACUGGAAAACUUGGAAUCACUUCUGAACACCACACACUAUGAAGAAAUUCCGUUGAACUGGG